AUGGACCGGCUGAAGCCAAAGCGAGCUGUACGCCGAACGCAGACUACUAAGGUCAUCAACGAGGCGACAGCAGCACUGGCCGACCCGACUACUACACCGCAAACGUACGCAUCACUGCUGGAAAGGCUGUUGCACAACAGCAAGGAGCUAAGUAUCUUGGAUAGAGAAAUAGAACCGCUGAUUACCGAUCAGCACAUGGAUCAGGAGUAUGCGACAGUGCUCGAAUACGAAGAUCAAGUCCUCAAGAUGACGAGCCUGUUGAAGGCGAAGGCAACGGAACCCGUUCUGAACAUUGGGCAGCCACCACGACAUCAACGAACCCGAUAUCAAACAGUGGAAGGCCAAGUGCGGUUCGACUGCCAAGAAGAGAUUGAACAAGAGCAUCUUGGAAAGCUGAGAACACCUCCUGUGGUGACGUCGUCAGACGACAUCCGGGGUCUCCGCCGGUUGUUCGACCACGUGCAGACACACAGACGAGGACUACAGGCCCUCGGAAUUUCCCCGUCAACGUACGCCGCGUUACUCGUGGACAUCAUCCUGAAGGCGUUACCUGGUGAUAUCACCGUCGAGUACUAUCGUCGAUCGGCUCGUGGAUCCAUAGUUUCUGCACAACCGAACACGUCAGGCGGCCACCAGGGCUCCCAACGGAACGACGAAAGCACCAGAAUGACGGGGUCAUCCGGAUCCGAGCUCGACAGCAUUCUCGAUUUUCUACAAAUAGAAGUGGAGAGCAGAGAGAAAGCUGGUAACAGCAAUGCUAGCAAAAAUGAUUCUGGUCGAGAUCAACAAGCGAAGGGAAACCGACUCAAGAAACCCCGACCAGCAUCCGCAGUUUUGCAUGCAUCGGCGAAGGUGGCACGGUGCAACUUCUGCGAUUCCGAGCAGCACACGAUGGAGAACUGCACCGCCCCCAUAGAUUUGGAUCGAAAAAAGAGGAUACUCUCCGCAGAAAGUCGCUGUUUUAGGUGUACAGUGAAAGGACACCGCGCCAAAGAUUGCAGGAGGAGGGUUGUAUGCUCGUCGUGCAAAGGCAAACACGUGACUUCACUCUGCGACCCCAACUGGAACUCCGUCUCGGGGACGAAGGUUAAAACGGUCGAAACAACAAGCAUGUACGCCGCAAGCACAGGAGGAGCAAACGAUGGCGACGUCGUGCUAUUACAGACAUUUCGAGCGUGGAUUCUCGCCGGAAAACAGUCGGCCUAUGUUAGAGGGAUCUUUGAUGGCGGCAGCCAGAAGACUUUCGUCCGUCAAGAUGUAUCCAGGCGGUUGAACCUGGAGAAGCUAGGCGACAUAGUGGUGAGGCUGAACACCUUUGGCGACGCUACGGCGGGAGGAGUCGUUCACCGACAGAAACUGGUGCAAGUAAAGCUCCGCAGCCAGUAUGAUCAGAAGGAGCACCUGCUGGAGGCCGUGGAGAUACCGUUCAUCUCCAAGGACAUCGUGUCACUAUGCCCAGACGACGCUCUCGUAGAAGCAGUCAGAGCUGAAGGAGGACACAUUGCCGACGAGAUGUUUUUUCCAGGAGUAGAAGCAGAACCUGGAAUCGGGCUUCUGAUAGGCGCAGAUCAAAUGUGGAAGCUGGUGAAGACAAACGUCCGUCGCUGUGCCGGUAAAACGAACACAGUCGCCGUCGACACACACUUGGGUUGGACGUUCCAAGGACCAGCCGUACUCAAGUCAUCGUUGACUGAGGAGACUAAAGCGCUUACCUGCGUUUUGCACGUUGAAGCCGCAACGGAGGAAAGUACCUUCGAUCUGAGGAAAUUUUGGGAGCUAGAGAGCCUAGGAAUUACCGACAACGCCGAUGACGGUCGCCACGAGGAAAAUACAGUCAUGAAGCAGUUUGAGAGCACAGUCACGCGGGAGGAUGGUCGGUACAAAGUAGGGUUGCCAUGGAAGCACACCAGUAGUCCACUAGAAGACAACAGAGAAGUCGCAGAGCACCGGUUACGUACUUUGGUCAAACGACUGCGGCGAAACUACAGCCACUUAUUAGACUACGAUGGAGCAAUGCGCAAAUACCUGGAGCAAGGACACGCGGAGGUCGUUACUGAUUCGGAGCCAACGUCGUCAGAGCAUGUAUAUUACAUGCCACACCAGGCGGUGAUUCGGGAAAGCUCCACAACCACCAAACUCAGGGUCGUUUUCGACGCUUCCGCUCACGCUCCAAACACAGCUCCAUUAAACGCGUACCUGGAAAAAGGGCCCAAGCUGAACACAGAACUAUACCGCUAUUACUGCGCUUUCGCACCGAACGUAGUGGUUGGAGAGGAAGAUCGAGACGCACUGCGUUUCUUGUGGUACAAAGAAACACCGACGGAGGAGGGUCCUUUACCAGCCCCCGAAGUUUGGAGAAUGACUAGAGUACCGUUUGGGACGACCUCGAGUCCGUUCCUCUUGGCAGCAACACUUAUACACCACCUGAACGGCGUAGAGGAACGGUUGAAAGCAACAGCUUCCAAGCUCGCCGCAUCCUUCUACGUGGAUGACCUGUUAACAGGGGCUUCCUGCGAGGAGGAUGCCCAACGGAUUUACAAAGAAGCCAACGCGAUCAUGAGAUCGGCGGGAAUGCACCUGAGGAAGUGGGCAUCAAAUUCUAAGCGUCUUAACCAGCUUUUUGAAGAACAAGAAGAGGUUGGUCCCGGAGAUCACGACACAGGCUUACUGGGAUUACGAUGGGAUCGGCAGACAGACAGUCUGAAGCUUGCACAACACAACAGGAGUACCGGUUCGGAAAGCACUACGAAACGAACGAUACUGCAAGUCUCUGCAUCGGUAUUCGACCCACUAGGUUUCGUGUCACCAUUCACGAUAUGUUCAAAGAUUCUAUUCCAACGGAUCUGGCAAGCCGGCGUUGGCUGGGACGAAGACCUACCCGUGGAGAUGGUUGAAGAGUGGACACGAUGGGUCGAGGGCCUACCGUACAUGCAACGCAUCGAGAUACCGCGUUUUGUGAGCCAAGGAAUAGGAGACAUCGCGGGAGUACAAGUACACGUUUUCACGGACGCAAGUCCCUUGGCAUACGGAGCAGUUGCAUACUUGAGAACAGAAGACACGACUGGGGACGUCUCAGUAACGCUCAUGAUCUCGAAGGCGCGCGUCGCACCCUUGAAAACUUUAACAUUACCGCGACUGGAACUGAUGGGAGCGUUAGUCGGGUGCAGGCUAGCAAAGGUCAUACGGAGCUCCCUUACAAACUGGCCACUGAAGUUCUACUUCUGGACGGAUUCCAGCAUCGUCCUUCAAUGGAUCAAAGGAUCAGCCCUCCGGUGGAAACAGUUUGUACGGAACCGAGUCACCGAGGUACAAUCCACCACAGAUCCGGCAUCUUGGCGUCAUUGCCCGGGGAAGGAGAAUCCCGCAGACUUGCUGACGAGAGGAGAGAAAAUGCAAAGGUUGUCGAGCUGCAAGAGGUGGUUGAAGGGUCCGGAAUGGCUGAUUAGAACUACGGAGUCAUGGCCGAACUCAGCACCCAAGGAAAAAGUAGAGGACGAAGAACUGGAAGCUGAACGUGUAAAGACCCAAGUCUUGUUGGCAGGCAACGACCGUCCAACGACCAGCGUCUUGAGCCUGGAGAACUACAGCCGACUGCAAUUCGUCCUCCGUGUGACCGCGUGGGUGUACCGCUUCAUCAACAACUGCCAACCGAAAGUAAAGGUUUCAGGGCCUCUAACAGCCGAAGAGAUACAGAGGGCGGACCUCUACUGGAUCAGGGAGGCGCAGAAACAAGAGUACAACACAGAGAUGCAGCAACUAAGGCGCGGCGACGGGGUCCACGAGAAGUCUCCAAUCGCUGAGCUACGACCAGUGCUUGAUGGUGACCACAUAAUGAGGAUAUCGAGUCGUUUGCAACACGCUUCGUUGUCUACGGCUGCAAAGCACCCGAUAUUACUGCCUAAUGGACACAGGCUUGCUGAACUCGUUGUGGAAAAGGCACACCGACGGCUGCUACAUGGAGGUGUGCAAGACACCAUGACCGAAGUAAGGGAGCGGUAUUGGAUCCCCAGAUGUCGACAGCUGGUGAAAAAAGUCCUACAUCGGUGCGUCGUCUGUCGGCGGUUCAAAGCUAGACCAGCAUCAGCUCCCGUUGCUCCGCUUCCUGCUGAUCGAGUAAAGGAAACAGGACCGUUCGAUGUGAUAGGGAUCGAUUUCGCUGGACCCCUGUUCGUGAAGUCGCCGGACGGAGGGGAUCAGAAGACAUAUAUCGCUUUGUUCACCUGCGCAGUUACCCGAGCGGUACACUUAGAGCUGGUGACGACGAUGAGUACCGCAAGUUUUCUGCUAGCCUUCAGACGGUUCACUGCCCGACGAGGUGUCCCGUCCGUAAUAUACACGGACAACGCUUCAACAUUCAAGAAAGCGGACAGAGAGAUCUGGAAGGCACUGCGCGGACCAAGUUUCCAAGACCACCUCACCGAAUGGGAAAUUCACUGGAAGUACAUUGUGGAGCGUGCUCCGUGGUGGGGUGGUUUCUGGGAGCGGCUUGUCCGAGUGGUGAAGAACAAUCUCAAAAGGAUCCUUGGGAAAAACCGGUUCAGUUUUGAAGAACUGACCACGAUCCUGCACGGUGUGGAGGCAGUCGUAAACUCACGUCCUCUGACUUCCGUCGCCGACAGCCCGGAUGAAGCAGAACCACUUACGCCAGCGCAUUUCUUGGUCGGCAAGCGGGUUACUUCGUUACCAUCCUUCUCUGGGAGCGCACCUAAGCCGACAGAGGAUCUACAGGCCCGUUGGAAACAACAGCAGCUCUUACUAGAUCGUUUCUGGAAACGAUGGAAAGAAGAAUAUCUUCUGCAACUUAGGUCAGCGCACAUGGCCAAGACGUCCAGCAGAAAACCGACGCUACGAGUGGGAGACUUAGUCAUUGUUCAUAAUGAGAGACUACCGCGUCACCUGUGGAAGACCGGACGCAUCACAGAGGUGUUUCCAGGCAGGGACAAAAACAUUCGCGCGUGUGCA